AUGCGUGACAGGGCCAGAUCCACGCCCAGCCGGGCCCGCUGCAGCCACCCCGCCGGCCUGACAAGAGCCCCAAGGCGCCCGCCUCAGAAGCCCUUUCCUGGCAACCGGACCGAUGCCCCCUGCCCUGUUACCGACCGCAAGUACGGCCUAGAGCGGACGGACGAGCUGGUGCGGGAGUAUCUGCUCUUCCGCGGCUUCACCGCCGCCCUGAAGCAGCUGGACGCGGAGAUCAAGGCGGACCGGGAGAAGGGUUUCCGGCGGCUUUGCAGCUCCGCUCCCUCCUUGGGAUGGCUGCAGCAGCAGCUCGCUUGCGAGGUAGAUAAGAUAGUGGACCAGCUGCAGCAGUUUGUUCAGAGCUAUGAUCUGGCAGCCCUUCGGGAUUACUGGAGUUAUCUUGACCGACGCCUUUUCAGCCGUUUGGAAGAUGUGUACCGGCCAACAGUGAACAAGCUGAAAACCAGCUUAUUCCGAUACUACCUCGUCCAUACUGUUCAGACUGGCCGCAAUGACAAGGCGCAGGAGUUUUUCCUCAAGCAGGCCUCUGAGCUCCAGAACCAGGUGGAGUGGAAGGAUUGGUUUGUCCUGCCCUUCCUCCCUGCCCCAGACUCCAACCCCACCUUCGCCACCUAUUUCUCACGCCAGUGGGCAGAUACGUUUAUCGUGUCUCUGCACAACUUCCUGAGUGUGUUGUUUCAGUGCAUGCCAGUUCCAGUCAUUUUGAACUUUGAAGCUGAAUGUCUCAGGAGCAGUCUCAUACAAGAAGAAAAUGAAUUGUUGCGGCAUAAGGUGGCUGCAUACUGUGCAAACUGCUUUCCUGCUACACUGCAAAGUCAAGACAAGCUGAAACUAGUGCUGUUUGCUUUGCAGGCUGAAUCCUCCCGCAUGAAGAAAGAGGAACUGGAGGUGGAACAAGCAGUUGUGCAUCACAAGUUGCCUGCAUACGUGGCCAACAUGGAUCGACUAGGGGACUCUGAGCUUGAUAUGACCUGCAGCCAGAGGAGUACUACACAUUCUCUUCAGUCCCGGGGAGGCUUUCUGUCCUCUUUUCUUUCUCAAAGUAAAAAGGGCCCUUCCAGACCACCCCAUCCAAGUGGGGCAUCUCCAACGCAGACUGGCAGUAUGCUGCUAGGGAAGAAAGAACCAACAAAUCACCAGAGUGCCAAAGGAAAAGAAGGAACAGUGAGCUGUAAGGACGGGAAGAGCCACUUCAGUGGGUUAGUAGCAGGCGAGUCAAGUUCCCUGCAGCAGCGGCAGAAGCGCUUGCAAGAGCAUGGGAAGGAAAGGAAGGAACUGCUGUCAAAAGGGACCUUUCAGUAUUUCUUCCUUCAGGGCCAAAGUGCUGAGAAGAAAACAGAUAUUAGCACAGCUGAGACAGAGCUGUGCUCAGAGCUGCAUGCUGAGCAAACAGAGACUUCAACCAAAACGCCUGUCAGCAGUGCAGAGGCUGUGGGGGUCCGGCAGGAGCAGCCUUUCAUCGUCCUGAGCCAGGAGGAGUAUGGGGAGCACCAUUCAUCCAUCAUGUACUGCAGGGUUGAUUGUUCUGGUCGGAGGGUGGCCAGCUUGGAUGUGGACGGGGUCAUCAAAGUCUGGUCUUUUAACCCCAUAAUGCAAACUACAGCUUCAUCCAUUUCCAAAUCUCCGUUGCUGUCUCUGGAAUGGGCGACCAAGCGUGAUCGGCUGCUAUUGCUUGGCAGUGGGGUUGGGACGGUUCGUCUUUAUGACACAGAAGCAAAGAAGAAUCUCUGUGAAAUCAGCAUUGAUGAAGACAUGCCCAGGAUCCUCUCGCUUGCCUGCAGCCCAAGUGGUGCCUCCUUUGUCUGUUCUGCGGCAGCCCAAAGCCCCAUCUCCCACAUUGGCUUCUCAGCAGUCAGCUCUGGGGGCAAAAGCAUGAACCAAGUUCCUGGGAAGCUGCUGCUGUGGGACACUAAAACAAUGAAGCAGCAGCUGCAGUUCUCCCUGGAGCCUGAGCCCAUUGCUAUUAACUGCACAGCCUUCAACCACAACGGCAACCUGCUGGUCACCGGGGCUGCAGACGGGAUUGUUCGUCUCUUUGAUAUGCAGCAGCACGAGUGCGCCAUGAGCUGGAAGGCACACGACGGGGAAGUCUACUCCGUUGAGUUCAGCUAUGAUGAGAACACAGUCUACAGCAUAGGCGAGGAUGGCAAGUUUAUUCAGUGGAAUAUUCACAAAAGUGGCUUGAAGGUGUCUGAGUAUGAUCUUCCCAGCGAAGCUACGGGUCCUUUUGUUCUGUCCGGGUACAGUGGCUACAAGCAAGUCCAAUUCCCACGAGGGAGGCUUUUUGCUUUUGACUCUGAGGGCAACUAUAUGUUGACGUGCUCUUCUACUGGGGGAGUCAUUUUUAAGGUAAGUCUGAGAAGUGACAGGAGUACUCUUACACAUCUGUACAAGCUCUUGUUGUUACAAGGCUGCAACAGCAGCUGCUGA